GGGUCUACAUUGGCUACAUUCUCGUACAUAUAGGUUUCUGAUAUUAUUAUUGAGGAGACUCCGCUACUUUAGUCUACUUGAAAAUAGCACAUAACAAAUUAGGCCGAAUACCUACUGCCCGAUGAAGUGUCGGCCUGGGGGUGGAUGCCACAACGGAGGCCCCGCCUGGAGUUUGCUUGUUGGACUCUGGUGUGGAUUUCUUGUCCAUGGCAUCCGGGGCGAUGCAGUGGAAGUCAUCGAGCUGUGGAGCAAUUGGAGUAUAACCAACCAGAACGGAACCCUGUCCAUUGCUGACCAAACACUGCCCUCUGGCAUAUACAGUGUCUUUGGAUCCCAGGUUCUCGAGUCCUACAAUGACAUCCAUCUACGCUGGCUGGCAUACGACAACUGGACAUACACAAAUAGCUUUCAGUUCGAUAUUCAUCACUAUAAGCGCGGGCACAUCAAUCUGACAUUCCACGGGAUCGACACUGUGGCCGAGAUUCGCCUGAACCAUCAGCUUCUGGGGCGAACGGACAACAUGUUUGUGCGCUACUCGUUCGACGUCAGUGCGAUCCUUCAGCUGGACAAUGUCCUGGAGGUGGAGAUAGUGUCGCCCGUGUGGGCGGCCCUGGCCAAGUCGCAGGCUCUCGACGCUGCGAGCAGUUCUGUGCCGCCGGCCUGUCCGCCCGGACGCUACAACGGCGAGUGCCACGUCAAUAUGCUGCGAAAGAUGCAGUCUAGUUUCGCCUGGGACUGGGGUCCGGCGGCACCCUCAAUGGGUCUCUGGAAGAACGUGCAGCUGGAGAUCUACGAGGUGGCAGUCAUACGCGACGUCGACGUGGACAUCAGUCGCACCGCCAACGGCUCGCACUGGAACAUGCACAUCCGCUGCUACUUGGAUUCGGUGGGCAGGCACAACUUCUAUGCCACCCUGAUCCUCUAUGCAGUUGAGCUAUUGGACCAUCCGGUUGUGGUGGACACAUACACCUGGAAACCCAUCAGCUACUCGACGCCAGUAAUUGAGUUCGAUCAGACCGUGCCAAUUGAGAAAGUCGUAACCUGGUGGCCCAAUGGCUAUGGCGAACAGAAGCUUUAUCCGCUCCACUUCACGCUCAAAGCCUGGCUAGGGUCAGACGGUCCUGAAGUGCGCUCAAAAACCAAAUCGCAAAAGUCACUCCGCGUGGGAUUCCGCACGCUUGAGUUGAUAGAGAGGCCAGCGGCGGACGGACUCGGCAACACCUUCCUCUUCCAGGUCAACGGAUUGGAAAUAUUCAUGAAGGGCAGCAACUACAUACCCUCCCACAUCCUGCCUGAAAAUCAAACAAAAGACCAAAUUGAGCAUCUGCUGAAGUCCGCUAAGGAGGCGCACAUGAACAUGCUGCGGGUAUGGGGCGGUGGGAUUUAUGAGUCCGACUAUUUCUACAGUCUUGCCGAUAGCCUGGGCCUGCUCAUCUGGCAGGACAUGAUGUUCGCUUGCGCCAUGUACCCGGUGGGAGAGGAGUAUCUGUCCUCUGUUCGCGAGGAGGUGCGCCAGAAUGCCAAGCGACUGUCGCACCACCCCAGCGUUGCGAUCUUUGUCACUAAUAACGAGAACGAGGCCGCCCUGGUACAGAACUGGUAUCAAACAUCCUUCGAGGACGCGCGCUUCGAGGCUGAGUACCGAGAGCUCUACGUGGCCAAUGUCCUCCACGAGCUAAAGCUUGUCUCCCACAAGUCACGCCCUCAGCCGCUGGUUUCCUCGCCGUCGAAUGGAAAGGCCAGCGCGGUGGACAAUUACAUUUCAGAAAACCCCCAGGACGAACACAAUGGCGACGUGCACUUCUACGACUACCUGAAGGACGCCUGGGAUCCAGGGAUCUAUCCUCGGCCACGGUUUGCCAGCGAGUACGGCUUCCAGAGCCUGCCCAGCUUCUACUCUUGGCAGCGCAGCAAGAACGAAGACGAUGACCUCCUCACUCUUUUGAAACACAGACAGCAUCACCCUCUGGGGAGCACCCCCAUCAUAAGCCUGGUGGAGCGCCAUCUGCCACUGCCCCUGCCGGAGGACGACAACUUCGCAGAGGCGCUGAUCUACUUCAGCCAGAUUUCCCAGGCCAUGGCCACCAAGGUGGAGACCGAACUGUAUCGCAGCCUGCGGGACACUACGCACAACACCAUGGGCGCCCUCUACUGGCAGCUGAACGAUGUCUGGGUGGCGCCCUCCUGGUCCGGCAUAGAUUUCUAUGGCAAUUGGAAGCUCUUGCACUACUGGGCGCGCGACUUCCUGGCCCCCAUCGCCAUCGUUGCACAGUACGAAAAGUCCGAGGAUUCGCUCAACAUCAUCCUCCUCUGCGAUGAGCCCCAGGUGGAGACGGAGGGAUUGAUCGUUGUCGCCAACAUCCAUCUUUGGUCGCAGCUGCUUCCGCGCCAGUCCAUCAACUGGACGGUCACCCUGCGGCCCAACGGCGUGCAGUAUGACAAGGUCAUCCCCAUCAAGGACUUGUUCCAUGAGCAAUUCAAUAGGCGCAAUGCCUUCCUGGAGCUGCAGCUGCGUCGUCGCCAGGAGGUGCUCUCCCGCACCUACUUCUUCCCAAGCAACAUUGCCGCCGCUAUCGGACUCGAGGAUCCCGGCCUAGAGUACGAGAUUGCCUCUCGCUCUUGUCUCACCACUGGCAACGUCAUCCGGAAUAGCCUGAGUAUUAGCAUCCAGGUGAAGCGGCCCGCUGUUUUCGUAUACCUCGAGCUCUUGAAGCCCUAUCGGUACACGUUCUCCGAGAACGGCUACAUGCAAACCACGCCCAUGCACGUGGUCUAUCUCACCUUCGAUGCCACCACCUGUGCGCGACUGCUGCGUAAAGCGGACAUCAAGAUUUUGACCGUCAACGACUUCAUGCCCUAGACCAUGGACCACAGGUUCUUACAGGUUCUUUUCAGGUUUAAUGUAACAUUUAUAAAUAACUUAAACAAUGAACAAAUCAAUAAAUAGCAUAUACGUAUGUA